GCGUUUCCCGUAAACACACGGAGAAAAAGAAGCUAACACCAUUUUGACAGAUCGCCUGUAUUCAGGCGAGAAAAGUUGGUUUUUGCUCUACGCACAGAAACGCAAGUACGGAAUCGUGUGUUGUGUAUACUUUUCGCCUCCCAAAAGAAAAGCGCUUUUCCUUCGAGUGCAAACGGGCGGAUCGAAAGAUAAACGUGAGCCUACGGUACGCGAACAGUACAGUUCGACGGGCGCUUUAGGCGGGUCUCCGGUUGUGGGCAGAAUUUGUGGCGGUACACACCGUUCUGUUGUAGCGCACCUCGCGGGCGUUGUUGGAGUGAAAAGUGUGUUUGCUUACCUUCGAUAUUGUGCUGCAGAGCGCGUAUUAUCAACAUCAGUUCAACGUAGGAAGAGGUGCUCCUUCGGGAGGCAAAUCGUAUCACAGUGGUGAAGCUCCUGCAGGGAGUGGUAGAAACCGCGCUGCUAGUAGUGUUGUGUUGUGCCCAGCGUGUGGGAUGUUGGCAUCGCAACGAGUCGUGUUUAUGUUGUGUUUCCCUCGUUCCUUCAAGUCGUAUAGCCAGUGGAAUAGUCUGGCAGCAAAUUGGUCUAGAUUGCUAGAGGAAGUGUAUUUUCGGUGAAAUAUUUAAAGCAUAACCGCGUUCAGUGAUGUAGCAUAAGUAGCCGCGGGUGCAGCAUCCUUGGCUAAGGUAUUUGUCUAUCUCUCUCUCUGGUAACCAGCAAACAGUGUAGACGUGAUAGAACACAGCAAGUGUGACGAAAAAGUGGUAAAAUUGGUAAAAUUUUCAAACUCAUCAUACCGAUGGCGACUCCUGCCAGGGAAGAACACGUUUCCCAAGCAGAACGCAGCGUGUGAUCAAACGCGUUUGUGUGUUGUGUAGUAGAGGGGAGGCUGGUCAACAGCAGCAGCAGCAGCAACAGUAGCGGCAAAAUGUCAACGAAAACAACCACAACCACCACCACCACAUCGACUGGCCGUAGCAGCAGCAGCAGUGGCGGCGGCAGUUCCGGCGAGUUCGAUGUUGCCUCGUUCGAGAAACGGCUGCGUGACCUGAAGGAUACGCAGGACAGCAUUCAGCAUCUGUCGAGCUGGUGUUUAUCGAGGCGAGCUCACCACAAAAAGAUCGUCAGUAGCUGGCUGAAUGUGCUGAAGCAAGUGAAAAUCGAAAGCAGAUUAACGUUGUUCCAUCUGGCCAACGAUGUGAUACAGAACAGUAAGCGCAAAAACUACGAGUACGUCGACAGCUGGGGAACGUACCUGCAGAAAGCGACCACGCUGGUGCGAGACGAAAAGGUGAAGCACAAGAUUUUGCGCAUCUUCAAAAUCUGGGAAGAGCGGGAAAUCUACAACGAGGAGUUUCUGGCCGAUCUGAACGGGCUGCUAAGCGUGACGACCUCGUCCGCCAAGAAACUCCAACAACAGCAACAACAGCAACAACAACUACAGCAACAACAGCCACAGCAGCAGCAGUCGCAGCAGCAACAAAAUGCCCUCGGUUCUAACCAAAGCGGCGCAACACUCGCCACCGGGCCGACGAAGCUUACGGAGACGAAAUCGGUCGUUAAUGCAAACAGCACCCAGCUGGAUGUGGACGACUAUCAGGCCACCCAUCUGGUGGCGAUCGUGCGCGAAUGUGUCAAACACCAGAGCGACACCGAUCAGACGUUCAAGGGACUGAACAAGAAGCCGCACGUCGAUGUGGAGGUGGUAAUGAACUCGAUCAAGGGCAAGGAUCGCAAGCGGGUGGAAGCGGUCGAGCUUGAGAUCGAGGAUCAUCUCUCACAGUACGAGAACGUGGUGGAUGUGCUGAAGACGGAGCAAAAAUCACGCCAGGAGCUGCUGACCGUGCUGGAACAGGCGCGACUGUUCUACGAGAACCAGCGCACGGAGGUGAAAGUCGUGGUGAAUGCAUACCGCAACUUUGGCAAUCGGCUCAAAAGCAUGAAGAAGAAGCUGGACGAACUGACGGUAAGCUUGCCGAGUCCGAUCCCAUCGCCGGACAUCAAUGCACCGUCGCCGGUACCGUCGGAUGGUGACAACAUUCUGCCGAACGAGGACAGCUACUUCCCCAUGAUACAGCACCAGGGCAGCUACAUGGGCGGUGGACCACUUUCGUUCGACAUCAAUGACUUUGGUCGUAGUAACUCACCGAUGGUUAUGAACAGAGUACAACCGAUACAAGUGAUAAAUUCGCGUAAGGAACAAUCGGAAGGGGUGAACGAUUUCCUGAAGACUUUUUUCCCCGAUUCAUCAGGUUACCAUCCAGGGCCGCCGGUGAACGCGUCAAACAUGCCGACGGGUGGGGGUGGUGGAGGUGGUGGUGGCGGCGGAGGCGGUGGUGUCAUACCAGGAUCCCAGCCACCACCCGGCAUCGUCCCACACCCGUACGGUGGAGGUAGCGGAGGUGGUGGUGGUGGUGGUGGAGGCGGUGGCGGUGGUUUUAUAAAUCCUUGGACCACCUCAACCCCCCGUGGCCCACCACCGGGCAGAGGGAAUAAUGGUGGAUACGCUGGCAAUAAUAGGCCCCCGCUACCGUACGGUGGUCCACCGAUGCUGCAGGACUAUGGUGCACCGCAGCAGCCACCGGGGCGCAAUGCGGGACCGGUCGCACAGCCCCUGCAACCGCCACCAAUGCCGCCAAUCAAUCUGGACGCAUCGGACGAGUAUAAUUCGACCUGGAACAUGUCCAUGACGUGGGACGGGACUCAUGACUCAUCCGGCUUCCAAAGUUUGGAAGCGCCGGUCUCUCCGUCCCAUUACGAUCGCAAGGGUGGCAUGCUGCUGGAUUACGGCGACGGCAGCAGCGGUGACGGUGGGCUUAUGCAGGACGUGGACCAUCGACAAAUGUCGGGUAAUCUGUCGAUGCCUUCGUUCCUGAAGGAAAAGGGCCGCUUGGCUGACGUUGACCAUCGGAAUCUAAUCUCACUUACCGGAUCGCCCGGAGGUCCGCCGCAGCUGAAGGACUUGCACGAGCUGGACGCACUGGACGACAGUUCGUCCUCGAGCAGCAUGCCGAUGGCGUCCGGUAUGCGUGGUGGUAUGCAUAAACGCAAGCCGGCUCCCCAACCAGUACCUGCUCCUCCCACGGUGCCAUCGAACGAUUCGGACAGGGGUGGUGGUAGAGGGUCUGUUUGGGCGGCGCACGGUAACGUUUUCCCCGUACCGACCAACGACGUCGACCUAAGGCUAAUGCCUCCGUCCGGUGCAUCGUCAUCGUAUGGUGUACAGGCGUCAAAUUCGGCCCUGACCGUGGUUCCGACAACGGACGGCAGUUCCGAGGCGGUGUCGAACGAUGCAGGGGACGAAUCAAAUGAUCUGGAUAUGAGGAUACAAUCGCUGGAGAAGGCGAUCGCAGCACAAAUAGCGAGCAGUGGCAAUCACAGCACGGUUCCACCACUGUCCCUGGACAAGCUCGAUGAUGCGGAGGGGGGGUCGGAUCUGUUGGAAGGUGGUUCGGCACACGAUGGCGAAGAGAAUGAGGAUAGCGUACACUCGGUCGAAGGCGCAGCGGAAGGUGACGGUGAACUGAACCUACCGACGCUGCAAACUCCGGUCUCGCUGCUGGAGAUUGACAGCUUUUUGCAAAACUUUGAACGGGAAAACUUUGACGAUUUUACCAAACCACCGGCCUUGCUGAUGAGCAACCAGACGGAAUCGUCCCAAUCACCGCCAGCUACCUCAGACCGUUCCGUUCCGGCGACGGGAGAAUCGAAGCGAAAUCCUUCCGAUAAUACGGAGAGCGUCGACAUGGAUGUGUCUGAGGAGGAGGAGGACGAGCCAGUGGAACAAGAUGAGAGCAAACGUUCACCAUCACGAUCGUCAGCUGCGUUCCAUCAUGGCGCGGACGCGGAGAAUAGCAGCGAGGCUCCGGCAAAGGACGAAGGACAGAGUAGCGACAGCUCGCUGGUGCGACUGUCGCUGAACAACGGCAUUGGUGGCAGUAACAACAGCAACAGCAACAGCAGCAGCACGGGAGGAGCUAACAAUCCGACGCCACCGUUGCAUCAGCGGCCCUCAUUGCUACCGGAUCCGACGUUCCCGCACGGCGCUGGUCCUAAAUGGGAUCUGCCGCCACCGAACCUGAUGAGUUUGCCGAUGCUGGGCAACUUUAAUGCGGUCCUGCCGCCACCACCGACGCCUGGCGCGCUGGUGGGAAAGCUAACGCAGCCACCGCCGACGGCCGGUGGUGCUAUUUGGGCCGAUCAGCCACCGCCAGUCGGAGGAGGAGGAGCCGAUGGUCCUCCGAGCCUAUUUGGCACACCGAACCGUCCUCCGCCGCCGCUUCCGUUCGGUUCGGGUGGCCCGAAAGGCAUCGGUAACAACAGCUACCAUCGCGGUGGAGGUGGUACGCCUCGUGGUGGCGGCCGUGGCCAUAAUCGACCACCCUACUUUCGCGGUGGUGGAGCGGGUGGUAUGCGGGCAAACAUGAUGCCGGGUGGGGGAAUGAUGAUGGGUGGCCCGGGUGGAAGUCCAUUUGCUGGACCGAUCGUUGGUGGCACCGGUGGAUCGCCGGGAAUGCGCGGUGGCUAUCAUCGGGGUGGUGGUGGUAACAAAUUCCGCGGCGGCGGUGGUGGUGGUGGAGGCAACAAUCGAACCGGCUGGUAACGAGGCUAGGGGAUGCGCGAUUGUCGGUAGUGUUAAGACGCAACACGAUAGUUAGGGUUGAUCGAUGGGGAUGGCAGCACCGGUAACAUAGGCAGAAGGUAUGCGUUCGCAUGCGGAUACCAAGAAGAGAGCCGUCUAAUGUUUAAGUGUUGACCGAACCGUGAAUAAUACGUAGUAGGGUUAGUAGGUAAAGCGGAAGGGGAGGCAUAAUUCUACCGAAUAGAACAUGUUACAGGACGAUGGCACUGCGUGCUAAUUCGAUCGAAGUGCAGGAUUGUAUAUACAUACAGUAGAGUAUAGAAAAUGUACUAUAUAGCAAAACAGAAACACUUAUCGCACUUAUCGAACCCCCCCAACAACAGGAAAUAGCACAGGGAAGAAGCAUCUGUAAAGCAACAAACAAUUGACGUCAGAUGAUCUUGUUUCCUCGCGCCGGUCAAAACGGGGACAAAUGCAGACGACACACUGGAUUGGCAUAGAAAAUGGGCAUGGAAAGUUAAGGUUUGCUGCUGGAGAUCUAUAGUUCGUCACAAGCGCGGUACUACGCUGUGCUGCUGACGGUCGGAUGUGGGAUUAGGCAAUGGCGGCAAUGCGCGAUCACAGAACACCGAUGCAACAUUUGAUGAAACGGGCAUUCAAGAGAUACUAAAUGAAGAAGCGAUUUACGUUUUGUCUUCUAGAGAGCGGCUGUUUGUUGUCAGUCAGUCCCUUACCCUAACCCUUUGUAGCUAGCAUACUUCUGGCACUACUUGAGUAUUUGCAUUCUGAAGCGCGUUCCACGGCAAGCCAGUAGCAUACAUUUGCAUUUGGGUAUGCAACCACGAUACACUAUUACUACUCUUCAUAAUCAAUCACAAUCUCCCUCUGCGCGUGUGUGUUUGUAUGUACUAUUUUCGCACAUUUCCUGUGAAUAACAAGUACGGUAAAGCUUACCUUGGAGGAGUUUUACUACUUUUUCAUAAAUAUAUCACUAACAAACGAACAUACAAAGAGUUAAUACAACGGCCAGUAGACCGAAACAAUAUACCCAGUAUCGUUAAAAAAAAACAUACACACACAUAAAACAGGGGAAUGAGUUAAAAUGUGAGAAACGAAAUAAAACCACAACAUGUUGUAAAAGGGUUAUAAAAUACCACACUAUGUGGGUUGUAUGUGUGUGUGUAUGUGUGAGUUUAAAAUACAUCUCUGUAGGGUUUGUAGGAAUGUAGGAAACAAUACAAAACAAAACAAAGAACUGUAUUGCUUGUUUCUUUUCACUGGACCCGUUUUAUCUCUCUGCCCUUCCUGUGGAACCUUACUACUACUAGUACUACACAUACUACUACUACUAGUACUACACCUACUACUACUACUACUAGACACUAUAGAUGUUUUAAAAGUGUUUGAAAGAUAGAAAUAAAUUAAAAUGUGUUUAAUUCGUGAACCGAUGGCGGUGACUGACUGUUUGCCCGUGACUGCGCGACACUCCGUCGCCUAUGUAUGGACGAUUGCAGUUGUUGUUUUGGUUGUGUUUGUUUCUUCUAUUUAGUACUUUUGAUUUGCUUUUUGUAUGUGUUGUUGCGUUUUAUGAGAACGAUAUGUACCAUCGCAAUAUUGUUUGAAUUGAACGAUUAUUUUCUUUUAAUUAGUGUAUGGCAUGAAGCCGUACGAUGCCUUUUGCUGUCUUGAAUUUGUUUGUUUUACACUUUUUUGUGCCGACCAAGGGGUUUUCAAUUCCAAUUAUUAUAUACACUUUUUUGUGCAGUGUUUUGGGUUUAGUCAGCAUUAAACCAAUUGUACGUGCAUACAGCACAAAAAUGUGUCAAUUUUUAUUAUCCUGUCUUUGUAAUGAAGAGAAACAAUGUACCAUUUUUUUUAGUAUUCAAUGACUAGUACCUGUUUUGUGACGAUUGACUUUGAAUACUCAUCAUUUUACAACAUGAUAUGUUUCAUCUUUCACUUCCAUAAGGAUAAAUCAUGUGUGUGGGUUUGCAAUAAUAUGUCUGAUUUAAAAUUAGAUAUGAAUUUCCUUAUGAAAUAAACUACUUUAAUAUUGUGGGUAUAUUUGUUCGUUUGUUAGAGUGAUUAAAGAUUUUUUAAAAAUAAAACAGCUUCAUUUAACGAUCUGUGCAUAAUUGCGUGUUAGUCACUUGCGCAUUGCGUAUACUUCUGUAUCGUUCGCUGUUACCUAUUGCUACCACACCGUCCGCUAACUCGCCGCCCGUCCCGACCCUUUAGUGACCAAGAUUGAAUUGACGAAAAGAAAAGAAGGAAAAAACACACCCAAUCGCAUGCACAGCAAACCUUCCCACAGCAAGCCGCUGUUUGGCGGUGAUCGAUCUCCUAGGAUUAAUAGUUUUCUGUGCUGCCCGAGAUAGUCUGCCCCUUAUUCCCUAUGGUCUCCCCCCCCCUCCCACAAUCGAGCUGCUGGUGGGAGAGGUAUAACUCAUUGCAUUGUAGAUAUAUCCUUUUUUAUUAGUACCUUUUUGAACGUUAAUCAUCAAAUGAGUAGGCGAGGAACGAGAUUCAUUUGGGCGACAAACAGAAACUUUAUUGUACAAAGCAAAGAAGAAAACACGCGUAGUGACACGUAGUGACAGGGGGAAGGUCCCAUUUAGGUAUUAAAUCAUAACAAAAACGGUACUAGUGAUAGUCGUCAGGAAUAGCUUUAGGCAGCGUUGGAGGAUUUGUUGUUUGGUAAGGUGGACAGAUACGUACAAAAGCUGUAAAUAGCCCACGCACACGAUGGGUGGGAUGAAAAAAGAGCUGCCGGAAGGCAAGCAAGAUCGGUGCGAAGAACAGUGGUGAAUCCAUCCGAAAAACGAGGCUGAAAAUCAGCGUACAAUCGAAUACAAUACAAGCUCAGUUUGUAAAAUAA